AGUCGGAGGGGUUUGUACAGCGCACACAGGGGAACGGCCGCUUCGUUUUGAAAAACAUGGCGGCUCAGAUGACGGCGACUAAAGUUCCGGAGGUGCGGGACAUCACCAGGAUCGAGAGGAUUGGAGCCCAUUCUCAUAUCAGGGGCCUUGGAUUGGAUGAUGCCUUAGAACCGCGGCAGGUUUGCCAGGGCAUGGUGGGCCAGUUGGCCGCUCGCCGGGCUGCUGGUAUAAUCCUGGAAAUGAUCAAGGAUGGCCACAUUGCAGGUCGGGCCGUACUGAUCGCAGGACAGCCUGGAACAGGAAAAACAGCCAUCGCUAUGGGCAUUGCUCAGUCGCUUGGCCAGGACACGCCUUUUACUGCAAUUGCUGGAAGUGAGAUCUUUUCUCUCGAGAUGAGCAAGACGGAAGCCCUCAGCCAGGCUUUUCGCAAGGCCAUUGGAGUGAGGAUCAAGGAAGAGACUGAAAUAAUUGAGGGAGAAGUUGUGGAGAUUCAGAUUGACAGGCCUGCAACAGGAACGGGUACCAAGGUGGGCAAACUGACCCUGAAAACUACAGAAAUGGAGACUAUUUAUGAUCUGGGCAGCAAAAUGAUUGAGAGUCUCAGUAAAGAGCGUGUGCAGGCAGGGGAUGUGAUCACGAUUGAUAAGGCCACAGGCAAGAUCAACAAACUUGGUCGUUCCUUCACCAGAGCCAGAGAUUACGACGCUAUGGGAGCGCAGACGCAGUUUGUCCAGUGUCCCGAGGGGGAGCUGCAGAAGCGUAAGGAGGUCGUCCACACAGUCUCCCUUCAUGAGAUAGACGUUAUCAACAGCCGCACGCAAGGCUUCCUUGCCCUCUUUUCUGGUGACACUGGGGAGAUCAAGUCAGAGGUCCGCGAGCAGAUCAAUGCCAAGGUUUCGGAGUGGAGAGAGGAGGGAAAGGCUGAGAUUAUUCCAGGGGUGCUCUUCAUUGACGAGGUGCACAUGCUGGACAUGGAGUGCUUCUCCUUCCUGAACCGUGCCUUGGAGAGCGACCUGUCGCCUGUUUUAAUUAUGGCCACCAACAGAGGCAUCACCAGGAUCCGUGGGACCAACUACCAGAGUCCACACGGCAUCCCCAUCGACCUGCUCGAUCGCCUGAUCAUCAUUGCCACAUCCCCUUACAGUGAAAAGGAGACCCGCCAAAUCCUCAAAAUCCGGUAUGAAGAAGAAGAUGUUGAACUCAGCGAGGAGGCACUCACGGUUCUGACCCGCAUCGGGCUGGAGACCUCCCUCCGCUAUGCCAUCCAGCUGAUCAGCACUGCAGGCGUGGUUUGCCGCAAGCGAGGGGGCACCGAGGUACAGGUGGAGGACAUUAAGCGGGUGUACUCGCUCUUCCUGGACGAGUCUCGGUCCUCGCAGUACAUGAAAGAGUACCAGGACUCCUUCCUCUUUAAUGAGACACAGGCAGCUCAGAUGGACACCUCCUAACGUGA